AUGCCACCGCCACGCUUUGUGGUGAACCGGUCCGCGACAACACCUCGACUGGCAGACCGUCUGCCUGGCUGGGACCGUUUUCAGUGGGCCGAUGUCGCGGUCGUUCUUGCAUUGGCCUUUGCACUACCCAUGGGAGUGAUGGAAUUUUUCAUGUCCAGCGAUGGAUUCGGAAAGGAUAUCUGGACCCUCCCAUUCGACAAAAUCACUCGAAUCAUCAAGUUCACGUGGCUGACGGAAAUCUUCUACAUGUGUGUGUUGGGACUGACCAAGGUCGCCAUCCUCUUGCUCUACUUGAAAGUCUUCCCUACGCAGCCGUUUCGAAAGCUAGCCAUGUGCAGCGUGGUGGUUUGUGUGGCAUACAUUCCGGCCUUUGCACUUUCCAUCGCCUUCCAUUGCGUGCCAUUAUCCUAUGGCUGGACUGGGUGGACCGGCGAGACGCAAGGCCAUUGCUUUAAUUUGAAUGCAUUCGCAUGGGGACACGCCAUCAUCAAUAUCAUCCUGGACUUAUGGGUCAUCUUUCUCCCCAUCCCCGAACUUCUACACCUUCAUCUCGGACGCAGGAAGAAGGUCCAUCUUAUCCUCAUGUUCAGCGUUGGCCUUUUCAUCACCGUUGUCAGCGUUGUGCGUCUCACAUCCCUCGUUCGUUUCGCCAACAGUCAGAACGCCACUUAUGACAAUGUGCCCACGGCCUACUGGAGUGUGCUGGAGGCCUUUGUCAGCAUCAUCUGCUGCUGUCUACCUGCGAUCCGAUCGUUACUUCGACGAGUCUUCCCGACUUGCUUCGGCAGUUCGUCUGACCCGGAGUCUCACGGGACGAACUACCGCAUCUCCACACCCAUGCACACCGGCGACGUGAAACGAUCCAUGGGCAUGAGUGUCAAUGUCAGCGGCAUGCCUCGCUCGGGGGACUCGGACGUCAUCGAACUGGUCGACAAGGACAACUCGAGUGGAAAGCGCGACGACUGGAGAUGA